AUGUGGCGGCGCACCUAUCUACUACUGUUGUUUGUGCGCAUCUACUUUGCGCUGUGUCCGAGUUAUCUGCAUCCAGACGAGAACUUCCAAGGACCAGAAGUCAUCGCAGGUACUGUCUUCGACUACCCAAGCCGUCGGACGUGGGAAUGGACCUCAGACCGACCGAUUCGCAGUGUCUUCCCGCUAUGGCCAGCGUACGGCUUGCCAAUGGUCCUUCUCCAGUGGCUGUGGCCACGCGGUAGUGACGAGCCUGUUGAUACCACCGCCAUCUACUAUACCUUGCGAGUUGUCAUGUUCAUCCUCAGCUUCGUACUGGAAGAUUGGGCCAUUCAUGAGCUGGUUCAUUCCCCAAGAUAUCGGAGACAGGCGGUGGUACUGGUGGCUUCGUCGUACGUGACCUGGACCUAUCAGACCCACACCUUUUCCAACUCCGUGGAGACCCUUAUUGUGCUUUGGAGUCUUGUGUUGAUAGAGCGCAUAGCCAAUGAAGAGAAUGCUUCGCUCUCUUCAAGCUUUGUCUUGGCCUUCUUGCUUGUCUUUGGCACUUUCAACCGAAUCACGUUUCCAGCUUUCGUUAUGAUACCCGGCAUCACACUGCUGCCACAGUUUUGGAAUAGACCUUCUUGCUUCUUCACCAUUAUCGUCUCCGGCUUAUUUUGGACCUUUAUCGCUGUUGCGACCGACACAGCAUACUAUAAACCCGAGGCGAACGACUCUUACCGCGCCUUGUUUCGCCAUAUCAGCAGUUCGCCAGUAAUAACUCCUCUCAACAACAUCAUCUACAACUCCCAAACCUCCAAUCUCGCCCAACAUGGCCUCCACCCUCACUACCAACACCUCCUCGCAAACUUGCCCCAGCUUCUUGGGCCUGCCCUCGUCCUCCUCGUUGGACAGUGCUAUCCUUUCGGCCAGCGCACGCUGACAUCGGUGCUGUUCAAUCCUCGACUCUCUUCUGCCACGACAUCGAUCCUCAUCCUCUCCAUCAUCCCUCACCAGGAAUCCAGGUUCUUGCUUCCCUGUGUUCCGUUACUUCUGACCUGCCUUCGGCUCCCCACAUCGCCCCGCCUUCGCACAGCAUUCUGGAGUUCCUGGGCAGUCUUCAACCUGCUCCUCGCCACCCUCAUGGGCAGCUAUCACCAGGCCGGCAUUGUCCCGGCACAACUCUCCGUUCCCAGCAUUGUUCAACAGUCCCUCAACACAACUUCAUCAUCCUCGGAAAACAUCGAAGUCUUCUGGUGGAAGACCUACCCACCUCCCACUUACCUCCUCGGCUCGCCGCCACCAAACCACCCUACCUCCGACAAGCCCCUCAACAUCAGCACGAUCCCGCUGCUAGGCCUUCCGCAACGCGAUCUACUCUUUCUGCUCAUGCAGCACGUCCCGACCUGCGAUCCAUCCCUCAUCGAGCGUCUGACCCCUCACAGCCAGUCCACGGACGUUUUCGUCGCUGCGCCGCUGUCCGCCUGGCGCCUCCCAGACGGCCAGUACCCGGACGUACGAGAUUUCAGCUUCCAGGUGGAGUUUGAGCGACAGGACGUGCAACUAGCGCUGCGCAAUCUGGGGACGUGGAGAAAGCACCUCAACCUGGACGACAUGGAUUUCGGGGACGAUGGCAUCUUGCCGACUCUACAGCGCGUGGUUGGGAGAAGGGGCUUGGGAGUUUGGAGAGUUGAGCGCGUUUGCGAAUGA